AUGGAGACCGUGAUUCCCACUGUCUGGACGGGUGUCUGGCCAGAGAUUCUCCCCGAGGACUCAGAUGACGAGGACACUGAUGGUGGAGCCGUGACCGCUGACGUGGCCCGGGAUGAUGACCUGUCUCUGCGCUACUAUGCGCGGAUGCUGUUCCGCGAGAUCCAGCGAGACGUCGUGCUGCUGCCCAUGUUCCGGGAGUACAUGCAGCGCCCAGCGCAGCAUGUGAACGUGCCCGAAGCCUUUUAUCUGAUGAGCCUCUGGAUGGUUCCGGAGCAAACCAACAACCGAGAGUCCAGUCUUAAGACCUGCUACAUGAAGGUCGCCGGCCUGGUUUUGGACGAGCUUCGUCGGAAGCUCCCGGAGCACCCGGCCGCCGCCUGGGAUACGUGCAAAAAGAACCCGUUCGGACCUACGCUGUGGACGGACGACCAGACACUGCUGCUCCUGGACGUGCUGAACGUCGUGCUGUAUGACCAGCUUGCCCUGAUGAAGGAUGAAGAGCCGGCGUACGCACCGACUGCCGAGCUGAACACACUGGUGCUCUACCUUCGUCGCCACCUCCACUGCGCCGGCUCCGGGACGCAGACUGUAAUGGGGACGGUCUACUCCUCGGUAGCUGGCAUGCUGGGUGUCAACCUCCACAAUGUGCAGUUCCCGCAUAGCUCGAUGAUCUGCUGGCACCAAACGGACAGUGAAGAGUACCUGUUCAUCGACGUUGUCCGUCGCGGCAUGCAGCUAUCCAGAGAGCAGGUGUUGGAGGAGUUGAAUGCUGUACAUCCGGACAUGGAUCUUCAGAUGCUGGAACCCUUCCCCAGAGCAGGGCUGCUGGGCCGCCUGAUCAAUGGCGCCACCCAUCCAGAAGCCCGCCGGCCAGAGACUGGCUUCGACCUGGUGUCGUUUGAGACACUGGCUUGCUGGGCUCGCAGCGACUACCGCCUGGACAUGGCUGCGCUCGACGACCUGAUGUCCGCUGUGGCUCGCUCCAGACCGAUGUACACACGCCGCCUGCUGCAGGUGAACCUCCGCGCGGCGGACCGAGCAGCGGGCGACUAUCCGAGGCAGUUCGGCGUCGGUGACGUCGUCACGUACGGCGACGAGCGCCUGGCAGUGGUGUACGGCUGCUCACCAUACUACGAGGUCUCACAGGACUGGAUAGCACAUAGCCGCGUCUGCUCCGGACUUGAGCGGGGAGAAAAGCAACCUUUCUACAACUUGCUGAUGGAGGGUGACGGUUUCGGAUGCAUGGCUGAAGAGGAGCUGCAACUGGCCCCAGAUCCCCAGCCUAUCGAUCAUCAGGAAGUGGGACGCUUCUUCACCCGGUUCGACGGGGAGCGGUACGAGCCGAUCGCUCCGCUGGCCAUUCUCUUCCCCGAGCCGCGGCGUGAGCAUGAGUCAAAAACGAGCUUCGUGGAGUCUCCGAUAGAUGGCAGCGACAGCGACUGGGAAGACGACGUUGAGGAUGAAGAGGAAGAAUGGAGACGGGCACCUCCCACAGUGUGGAUGGGCGUUUGGCCAGAGAUCCUUGCCGAGGACUCAGAUGAUGAGGAGGACACUGAUGACGUUGCCGUGGCCGGUGACUGUGACCCGGUGGACCAUUGAUGGGUGCGUUGAAUUGUGCGGAAAAUCACAGGGGUUUUCUGAAUACCUCAGCUGCCUCAGUAACUCUGUAUGGCUGUACAUAUGUGCAUAUUUGUGUGCAGGUGUUUUGUUUGCAUCUAACCCAUGGCAUUUCACUGUGAUUUGUCACGCUGUAUUGACGCCUUUUAUCCCAGGCAGUCGGUGCUUGCAGACAUAACGUCAUGAUGCUGUUUCUCAGGUGCCUUCAUUUGUAUGUGAUAGUUUUUGUGCCAUCGGUUGUUUAUGUCAUGCCGGCUUGAGAAAUAUGUGCAUGUGCCACCCGUACAUUUGUUUGUAUCAUGAGUGAUAUGUGACGAAUGAUUUCGUACCUGGCAUGCAGUGGUGGCUGUGCGAAAGCUCAUCAGUGAUAUUUCGUCAAUUGUUAAGGCAUUGAAAUGUGUCCAUUGCUUUGUUCAUAUCUAUGCUCAGGCAUUGAAAUGUGUUCAUUGCUAGGUCAUCAUGGGCUAUUGCUUACAUACCUGUGAUAUGUUUUCAAGUCUUGUGCCUUCAUUAACGCCGAUAAUUGUGUCCUGUUUAUCUACAUUUAUCGGCGGUAGAUAGGCAAUUGGUGAUUGCGGAUGUAACGUGAUCAUCCUGUUUCUCAGGCCCCUACAGUUGUAUGUGAUAAUUUUCUGUGCCAUCAGUUUUGUAUGUAAUACGAGCUUUAGAAGUAUGCGCAUGUGCCAUUUCUACAUUCAUCUGUAUAAUAUGAGUGAUAUGUUACGAGUGAUUUCGCCCUUGGCUGUGGGAAGGCUCAUCAGUGAUGUAUAGUCAAUUGUUUAGGCGUUGAAAUGUGUUCCUUGCUGUGCCUUAGGGCUUCGUGGGCUAUUACUUGCAUAGCUGUGAUAUGUUGUAAAGUCUUGUGCCUUCAUUUUCGCCGAUAAUUGUGUCCUGUACAUGCACAUUUGUCGGUGGUAGGUACCACGUGCCGUUGGUAACGCAGUUUUGCAAAGGAGCGACUUCGGGCUUUGCGUGCGUCAUAU